AUUAACUCCCACCAUCAGAAUUUUCUCUGCGAAAAUUUCUUAAUUUCCUCGCAAGUCAAACAGAUUUUACCUCUUAUCUCCGAACCAUCUCAUCUAUGGCUCGUACCAAGCAAACAGCUAGGAAAUCAACCGGAGGAAAAGCUCCGAGGAAGCAGCUAGCUACAAAGGCCGCGCGUAAGUCCGCUCCGGCGACCGGUGGAGUGAAGAAGCCUCACCGUUUCAGGCCAGGAACUGUUGCUUUGAGAGAGAUCCGUAAGUAUCAGAAGAGCACUGAACUGUUGAUCAGGAAGCUUCCUUUCCAGAGGUUGGUGAGGGAAAUCGCGCAAGAUUUCAAGACCGAUCUGAGGUUCCAAAGCAGCGCCGUCGCUGCUCUUCAAGAAGCGGCGGAGGCUUAUCUUGUCGGACUGUUUGAAGACACUAAUUUGUGUGCAAUUCAUGCUAAGAGAGUUACAAUCAUGCCUAAGGAUAUCCAGCUUGCUAGGAGGAUUAGAGGUGAGAGAGCUUAGGUUGCCUGUAUUUACUUGAUUGAUUAUAAAAUUUAGAAAGAUCUAGAUCUUGGAUUUAGUUUCUGGAAUUUGCUUUCUCGGCAAAAUCUUUAUGUAAACGGAGGUGUAUUUCAAUGGAGGUUUAGUAUUUUCGUUUGUUUAAA